ACUGCUUAUACUUGCAUAUCGUUUGCACUUUGGAUUUAUCGUUUAUAUGAUCAUAUAAAAUUUGAAGGAUUUAAAAAAUAUGUGCUAGAGGUCUUUUUGGCUUUUAAUGUGCUGUUAUCCUUUUCAAAUCUUAACAUUCUCUGCUGCUAAAGUCUUAAAAGUAUUCCCAUUGACAUUUCAGAUGUUAGCGGCCAGGGUGUUAAUCCUUUCCCCUUUUUUUGGGAUAAAUGCAGGAAGGUUGAGGACAUGCUUAAAUGCAUCUGGUCCUGUUGUUGGCAUUGAAACAAGCUGUUACGUCCUCAUAGGCGAUGCUGAUAAGUGCAUAACGUGAACCACAUUUUCCACCAAGAGGAUUUUUCAGCAUCUUAUACAUUAUAUUAAGGGAAUCGGACCUGAUGCAAAGGCAAAAGGCUGCUUUUCAUUCCUUCUCUGAAACUAUUGAUUUUGAUCAGGGAUCUGUUUCAAACAGUACCGUUAUGAGUCAGCAAACACCUUUCAGUAACAUGCUAAAUCCAGUGGAUAGCAGAUUGUCAAAUAAUGCUGUAUCUUCGGGCAACGCAUCGUGCUCAAAUGCUUUAACUCACGAUGUCCAGAGCUUUAGUGGUUGGAAUUCAGGCGAAUCUAGCUCAAGGUUAAGUCUGCAAAAUCAGGUGAAUGAUGAUGGGAUAAAAAUGGAAGAAUGGUUGUCUACUUCAGUCAAUGCUUAUCCUGCAGUUGGUCAAAGAUCAGAGGAAAGGCUAUUUGAAACAACUAAUAUCCUUUUCCCAGGCAGAGUCAGUACGGGGAUUAGUGGCAAUCAGGUUAGAAGUGGACCUUUAUUCUUGCAGGGCUCCAGCUCGAAUCAUAUCGCACCCAAUGUAUGUCCAAAUUCUGGUCAUAUUGGAGACACCACUAUUGGCAGACCCAUUACAGGAGCUGUCUUAGGCCUUAAUCAACUCAACCCUGGUGGUGGAUUAGAAAUAGAACGGGCAUCUUCUUCUGGUGUUUCUUCUUCUGAUGUUGGCACUUCAUCUGGAAGUUCUGGUUAUAUAGUAGAGGAGACAAAUGGUGGUUCAGGAUCUUCUAUUGGGGUUUGGGGCUUAUCCUGCAAGAGAAAGGCCCUUGAAGGUACUACUGGACAGUCUUUUCCUGGUGGAAGUUCAAGUUGCUUUCCACAAGCUGAAAGUAGUGCAUGGCAUAAUGGACCCAAUAAUCACAGUGUUUCUAGCAGCCUAAGUUUAUCCACUCCCUCACCGAAUACUCCAAGUGUUGCUCCUCCUGAACAGUUGAACCCAAGAUUUGGUUAUGGAAUGAGAGGAGCACCUCCUGAUGCAUUUCCUUCAUCAAAUGUUAGUGGAAAUGCAGACUCUCUGAGAAAUUUUGGUAGGAGGAUAAGUCCUGGACAUCAACAGGAAUCUGUCACUUUCAAUUUGUCAACAACAGGAGGUUCCAGGCGUUGGUCCUUGCAGCAUUCUCGCAGACCUGUCUCAGUUAGUGACUAUCUGGAGUCAAGAUCAACAGAACCUGCAAAUUCAAGUGCCAUCCAAGGCCAGCUUCAUGCUAUCAACCCUUCUUCUUUAUCAAGCAGUUUGCCUUGUUGGGAUGAUUUUUCAAGUUCAAGAGUUGGAAAUUCAUUGAGUUCCCUUAUACCUGGAGAGCUAGGUGCUGCAUCAAGAGAGGAAGCAAACUUAAGAAGCUUUCAGACAAAUAAUGCAGACCAUCCAAUGUUUGCACCUGCAACUGAAAUGAGAAGAAUGGGACAAGAUCCAACACGCUGGGGUUUGGCCACUGGGAACAUGAGUGCCUCGGGUAGUGUUUCUUCUACCAGAAUUGGUUCUUCUACCAGAAUGGGCCCCAGUUCAAGUGUCCAUCCUUUUCCUACUCCCGGAUGGAUUCAUCACAACCCCACAACACAUAAUCAGCAAAGAAUUUCUGAAUUUUCUACUUGGUCUCUGUUCCCACCUAUGGCCUCUGAAUCUGGAGGUCACAGUUGCCAUUUCUCCCCUUUGUCUUCUGGUCCUUCCUCUGCACAGGACACACAGAUUUCUUCUGGAUCUAGUAGCCAGGGACAUAAUCCACCACCAUUUCCAAGGUCAGCAUUUCUCACGGAAGAACAAAGUGAUGAUGUUCUUGGAAUGCCCCGUUCCUUGAGGGCUUUAGCUGCUGAUAUUGAAGGGAGACAUCGGCUCAUAUCUGAGAUUCGUCAAGUAUUGAAUGCCAUGCGCAGGGGUGAAAAUCUUCGUGUUGAGGACUACAUGCUUUUUGACCCGAUGAUCUAUCAUGGGAUGGCUGAAAUGCAUGAUCGGCAUAGAGAUAUGCGCCUUGAUGUUGAUAAUAUGUCUUAUGAGGAAUUGUUGGCAUUGGAAGAACGCAUAGGAGAUGUGAGCACUGGACUAAGUGAGGAAACCAUUUUGAAGUUACUGAAACAGGAAAAACAUGUGCCGAUCAGCACAGAAUCUCCAGCAGAUUUGGAGCCUUGCUGUAUCUGUCAGGAGGAAUAUGUGGAUGGGGAUGAUAUGGGAAUAAUCGACUGUGGGCAUGACUUUCAUACCAACUGCAUCAAACAGUGGCUAAUGCAGAAAAAUCUAUGUCCAAUUUGUAAGAUGACGGCCCUGCUCACUUGAGAGGGAAGAUAAUGCCAGUUCCUGGAAAUUUUAUUUUCUUAAAAACAAAUCAACAUCCAAAUACUGGGUGGAUGAUAUCCUAUUUAUACCUCUUUCGGUUUAAACCGGUUUACUUGCUCACGAACUGCAUAAAUGUGAUGUGCGGAACAGCCAUGUGCUAUAAAUUGCAGCAUGAGUGGUAAGAGGGUCUGCCCUGUACCUUCAGAGUAUCAUGAAUAUAUGAGAAAUAAUUUUCAUGACA